CUCAAUUGUCACAUUCCAUUCUGCUCAUUGACGUGGGCGUGUUUUUAUGUCAUGGCUUGAACAUUUUAAAAAUCCAAUGUGCCGAGAAGCUUGACGAUUAUGGUCGAUUUGGACGAGUACAGGAGACGCGUGAAACAGAUCAGAAGAUACGCAGCCGCCCAUAAUGUCUCGGAGGCACAAACGUCGGAAAUAUUUCAAUCCUGUUUCCGACAAUUGGAAGCAAAGUAUCCGAAAGAAACAAAAAGACUGUCGAGACUUUCGCUACUCACUUUUUUACUCAUUUUUAUCGUAGUCGUAAUUUUAUAUCGAAGCAAUCAGAGAUGGUUGAACAAUGCGUUUGUAAAAAUCUCGCAGAAUUCCAUUUAUCCCGCUUUGUACGUACUGCGCAAAGUAGCGGUACCCAUUGUCAGCUUAUAUCCAUCGUUAUCUGACUUGUACGACGAAUGGUGCUUGAUAGAAAAUCCGUAUUUCUAUAUUAACGAGAUGGAUUGCUGGCAUUGUACGAUGGUUCAUUCCGUACCCGAUCUUACUGGUCAUAACAUCAGUAGAUCCUUUAAUAUCGAAAUACCGUACACCAAAGCUGAGAAUAAUACAAAAAUCAGAAUGAGAGAUUUAACGAAUAUGUAUUGGCGUAAUAGCAAGAUCUUUGAUCAAGAUGCUAGAAGAAUUUCUUCUAACAACAAAAAUUUUAAAGUCAUCCGUGAUGUUAUGGAAAACAGACUGGAUAUGUAUCCGACCAAGUUACUUGAUACUCACGUGUCUUGGAGAAUAAAUCGCAUGGAACCCAACAGAAUACUCCGAAAGUUAUUCCCAAAACCAGUCGAAACUCCGAAUUGGUGGAGUCAGGGCACGGAAAAGUAUAUUUUUAUUGACGAAUCAAGAUCACCUCCUUACACAGUGCCUAAUCCUGAGUGCAGCAAUAUUGUGAUACGAUGUGCCGCCGGUGCAAGAUUGAUAAAAAUGAUACCGAGCUCAGAGUGCGCUCAACAUUGUAGAUCUUCGAUCAUUUUAUUGUCCGCAGGACACACACAUCGUGAGGAAGGUGGACAACUCGACACAAGCUAACCGGCCAGCCAAUCGCGCGAAUCCCGCACAUCCCAGGCUCUCUCUAGGGUUUAAUACCAUCGUGGAAUGCAGAAGGACGCCGGUUCGCUUCACGCGAGGCCGGUUAUACGCCGCGGAGUUAAUCAUCUCAGCGACACGAGACUUCAUCCCCUGUAUUCGUCUACUUCUUUUUCGGCGACGUCGCCUCGGAUUACAUCAUGACAGACUCGACCCUAUUGAAGGCAGCGUGAUGCCGAAGGAAUCGUGUCCCGGAUUGCUGUUGACCCUGGUGUCGGUAUUCGUCGGUCUGUGCGAGUCCGGCGGCGCGAUGACAUCCAGCGCGCAGCAGCAGCCGUCGCAGCCGGCGCAGCAACAGCAG